AAACGCACUAUCACCAACACUAACAAUGCAACACAAUGUCAAACGAGUAAAUAUCUCAGCCGAACUCAAAAAGUUGAAGCUUGAGAAGGAUCAAUUGAAAAUCAAACGAUAUCAAGAACUAACAGCCAAACUCUUUGACUUGAGAGAUAACAACACCUACACUCAGGAUGCAUUCAAUGAAACCACCACAUUACUUUUGAUGAAUCCUGAAUUCUACACCGUUUGGAAUUAUCGUAGGGAAAUCUUAUCCAACAUCUAUAAACCAGUGGGUGCUAAUGUAGACGACUACGCGCAAGUGCUCAAUGACGAAUUACAACUUGUGCUUCAACAAUUGAAAAAGUUUCCUAAAUGCUACUGGAUCUGGAAUCAUCGCAGAUGGUGUCUUUUUGAACUAGUUGCCCUUCAUCGUGUCAAUUGGAUGUAUGAGUUUGCUGUUGUUUCUAAAUUACUUGAACUAGACCAAAGAAACUUUCAUGGAUGGCAAUACAGACGAUUCAUAGUCGAGAACAUCGAAAAGGAGUCCGUGGCAAAAGACCCAUCCCAUGAAAAGGUGAUAUUACUUAAGAUCAAACUUGAUGAGUUUGAUUAUACCACCACGAAAGUUCAAUCUGAUUUUUCAAAUUUUUCUGCUUGGCACAACCGAGGAAACUUGAUUCCUAAGAUCUACAAGCUAGUGCAUGAAAUAGAAGUACCUGCUGAGUUUAAGGAAAGAGUAAAGUUAUUCGACAAUCCAUACGACAUACUUAUCCAUGAAUUAGACAUGAUCAAAACGGGAAUUUACAUGUCUCCCGAGGACACAUCGAUCUGGUCAUACUACAAUUGGCUACUAACCGAUGACUUCUUCACAAAAGCUUAUUCCAAAGAAGAGUACCUUAAAGUGUUGCACAACCAACUUGAGGUCAUUUCUGAAGUCAACGAAUUAGAAAAGGAAGAUAACGGACAGGAUAACAUUUGGUGUUUGAAAAGUAUAAUUUUCACCAAGACGCUAAUUAAUAAGCAACAACGUGGGGAAGUGCUAACUGAUGAGAUUAAACUGUACUUGAAAAUUCUUAUCAAGAUCGAUCCCUUGAGAAAGGGCAAGUACGAGGAUCAGUUGCGGGGAGUGGUUGGCAUUGUAUGAAACAAGUAGUUUAGUGUAUAGUAUAGAUUCACGUACUAAUUGGGACAAAUGAAACUGAUUUCGUCAGUCAGAUUAGAUUAUUUGUAACAUG